AUCGCCCCACUUUCUCAAUUUCAAGCACCUCAUUACACUCUCACAGCCAUGUCUUUCAGACCCGGUAAUUAUACCCUCCAACUGGGCCCCGUCACCGGGGUCGGAGGGAUGUAUGCUACUGGCAACGGUCUGAACAAGAUGGUCAGCACUGCUGCCCGAGUCCCAUCGACUGAGGAGCGUCAAGUUUGGAGUAUCGAACCCGUCGAAGGCAAGGAAGACAUAUACACCAUCAUUCUCCACACGGGUGGCGGCAGCGCCUAUGGAGGAAAUUGGUCCCUGAAGGACAAGUCUCCCGUCCCUCGGGGUCCCGUCUUCACUUUAGAGGAGUUUUCCGAAUGGCGUAUUCAGCGUAUAGAUAACGGUCUUCCCUCAAGCGACCCCGCUAUCACCAUUCAACCAGUCACAGAGGCCACUGGCGCGUCGUGGUUCGUAGCAGUUGAAGCCGACCAGGUUGUGGUUAAACGCUUUCCUCUUGACGUGGAAGAGCCACCCUUCUGGCAGACUGGUGAUUAUUAGGUACACGGGUAGCUGGAACUCAGGAGGGGUAGUUGCCCAGUUUCAUGAACAUUGUGUUGACCUGUUCUAGUAUCAUGUUUCGAAUGCAAUGAUUUCAGUUGUUAAUUGAA